AUGACUCGGUUGGCUCCGUUGGUUCCAAGUACAAACGCCAAAGCCCCGCCAGCCAUCAACUCUAGAUUGCUCAAGGCAACCUCUCCCUUCCGGACGAUUCCCCCGGUACCGUUCAGAUUCACCACUCCAAACUCCAAGUUUUGCUUUGCAGACUUUCGACUUAACUUUGCCAUCAACUGUGGCUCCACAAGCAACCCUGCUGAAAUUCCAAUCUACUCUGUGGAGAUGCUUCAGCAACAGCUAGAUGAAGCAUGCAAGCUUUACCUUCACAACCACAUUGCCAUCAAAAAACGUAACAAACACUAUGUCUGUGUACUGCCUCGUUUGUGUCAGUGGUAUGCCGAAGACUUUGGGUCAACCAAUUACUCGGUUCUCAAGACAUUGGAACCUUAUGUGCAUCACCACGAACGCAAGAUCUUGGCUUCGUCCGACUUUGCAAGUCUUCCCAUUACGCCAAAGUACUUAUCCUUCAGCUUUGAUUGUCGCAAGUUGGUGUCGAAAGAAGAACAAUUCUACACUGCCACAGGUACUCUGGCAUCUUCAGGGUCGUCUGAGAUGUCCACGGUCUCGUCUUCGGUCAUGUCAGGUCCAAUGACCCUUUCGGAUGGUCCAAUUUCGACCGAUGGCGAAAAUGAUAUCGAUAGCCUAUUGGAUUUCCUCAUGGACGAUGCUUUGGAGAUACCCACAGUUGGCCAAGCAUUCUAAAAGAGUUCCGAAAGGUAUUGUAGUUCUAGCUUUUCGUGGUUGUAUAAACACACACACACACACACACACACCCUUCCCACUGCUCACUUAAAAAACAAGUACUAGUAAAAGUUAUUCAUUCAUUCAACCGCAAAUCAACGCAACUUCUUCAGCACAUCGUAGCCAUGUGGUUGCUAUAGUAAAUUUCCAGUUCUCCAUGCCCAAUGCCGUGUCUUUUCAGCUGUUGUUGUCCCAGUUAGUAGCUCUCUUUUAUAAAGUACCGGUAGUGGCAAGUACAUGCAGGUUGCUGGCGUUGAGGAAUGUUGAUUGAGUACAAGACUCAAAAUUGCAAAUGAACAAAAUUUGGGCCACUUUGCGAGAGUUUUCCUUCUGUAUGCAGCAAACCUCUCAUCAUCUAUAUUCCAGAGCCAGUGUCUUCUUCGGUUUGCUCCAUUUUAAUUUCAGGCUUGACGUGAGGGUCUACAACCUCUUCUGCCGCGGUAGGAAGCUCAAAGCCUGCCCACGUCGAUUCAAUCCAUGUCUGGUAGUCUGCAGAUUCACCAUAUACUUCCUUUUGCCUCUUUUCGAGACCCUUGGUGGCACCUAGCACGACAAAGUCAAGUCCCAAGGCACCCACCACACUGGCAGCUAGAUAUCCCACCAGCUGAGGGGUUGGAAUGCCGGCUCCCUUGCUGGCAAUGGCGGCCACAAUGGCAAUCAAUCCAUUGGAUGUCCAGGAUACAAACUCCCCGGAAUAGUUGGGGUGCCUGCAAAGGGAGUAGAUCCCUCCCGUGACCAAGUGGUCUUCUCCCUUGAUGGCCUUGACAAAGCUCUUGUUAAAAUCACCCAGAGCAGCAAAAAUAAAACCGCCCCACGUCGAAGCUACCAAUCCUUUUAAAACUUUGACAGUCCA